AUGGAUGACAGAGUCGUUGUAGACGCUGUUGUCGAGCGGCGACGUCAAAUCGUCCGUCUUGCUGGUCUUGGCCGGCAGAGCGCGCGAGUCGCGUUUCUGCGGGGAUUGCAAAAUUUGGAGCUCCAGUGGCAAAACGCCGCAACAGUAGUAGGCCGCACACAGCGGUGCCCCCAGGGCGGCGUAGAUCAGGUAGGGGUGUUUGCCCGUGACGGGGGACCGCGUGUAGGCCAGGGCGAAGAGCACGGACGCCGCGGUGCCGAAGACCGCGAGGAUCGAGCGCACUUGCACGAGCAGGCCACGGAACUUGUUGCGCAGCUCGCCCGAGUCGAGGACGCUCAGCUUGGCGCCAUUGAUCAGAUCAGGCACGGCGUGGUACGCUGCGAGGCCGAAGCUGGACGUGGCCAGGCCCAGCGAGCCGAUGCCGACGAGUUUGACGAUCUUGAGACAGCUAACCAUUUGUAA